AUUUUCAUAAUAUAUAAAAAGCCUUGUUCACUCACUUUUUCAGCAGGAAUUCAACCUUUUUCAGCAUUGUUUAGCAAGAAAAAAAAAGCAUUUUAAGGGUUUCCAACGAUCUUUUUAACCCGCUUAUCUUUUUUUUCGUUUCUCGAAUUGCAUUUCUUUGAAAACUCGCGCAAAGUUCUUUCAGUUGGUUUUUUCGCUUUCAUGAUUUUCUAGAAAGCCAAUUCAACUUUUUUCUUUUCAAAUCUUUUUCUUUAUUUGUUCUUUUCUUUUUCAAUCUAUUAUUCACUUCCAUUCCUUGAGGAAUUUUUUCUACUUGGAUCUCUUGGUUUUCAUACAUCAUUUCUUUCAGUCUCUUUUUAUAGAAACAUUCCUUUCCUUUGUCGUUCACUCUCUUUCUUUACAAGUUUCAGUCGUUUGUGAUUUUAUAGACUCUUAGACUCUUAUAGAUUCCGCUUCUCUUUACAACUUUUGAUUUCCUUUCUUUGUUGUGUUUGGAUUAUUAUUAAUAUUUUUUUUUGCAUUUUGCAUUUUCUAUCUCUAUCUCAGUGUCAAUCUUUCUCUCUUUUGAAUUUUCUUGUUUUAUUUUAAUUAACCAUCAUUAUGUCUUUGUUUAGUUCUAUGGUUUCUCUUCUCUUUGCUACUUUCUUCCUUUUGCACUCCGUUUCCGCUUUGGUGAUGAAGCGCAACAAUCCCGUCUUUGACUACACCACCGAAAAAAUUCGUGGUGUCAACAUUGGUGGUUGGCUUCUCAUUGAAAACUGGCUCAAUGCCGACUUGUUUAACCAAUUCAAUGGUAUGAACAAUGCCCCCAGUGACGAGUGGGGUUUCUGCCAAACUCUUGGUAAGUCCGAAGCUUACAGACAAUUGUCAAACCACUGGAGCACUUUCUUUACUGCUGAUGAAUUUGCUCGUAUCGCUAGCUGGGGCAUCAACGCUGUUCGUAUUCCCAUCGGUUACUGGGCCUUCAGCGUCGAAGGCAACGAACCCUACGUUCAAGGUCAAGAAUACUGGUUGGAUCAAGCUAUUCAAUGGUCUCGUGACAACGGCAUGAAGGUAUGGAUCGACUUGCAUGGCGCGCCCGGUAGUCAAAACGGUUUCGAAAAUUCUGGUAAGACCGGUAGCAUCGACUGGCAAAAGGAUGGAAACGUCGAGCGUACUCUCCAAAUUAUGUCCUACGUUGCCAACAAGUACACCCAAGAUGCUUACAAGGACGUUGUUAUCGGUAUCGAAACUGUCAAUGAACCCUUGGGUAAUGCUCUCAACAUGGAUCAACUCAAGGAUUACGAUUUACAAAUGUACAAGAUGAUUUCUAGCAAAUCCAACUCUGUCGCCACCGUUGUCCACGAUGCUUAUGUCGACUUGUCUGAAUGGACUUAUGGUCCUAUUAAUGGAAACAUGUACAACUUGGUCAUGGAUAUUCACCGUUAUCAAUUGUACCAAAGCAAUGAAUGCUCCCUCACAUACAAUGACCACCUCAACAACGUUUGCAACCUCGGUGAUCAAAUCGAAAAGAACCCCUUCAUCACCAUCACCGGUGAAUGGUCUUCUACCUUGGCUGACUGCACUAUCUGGAACAGCAGCGAAAGCGGUUCUGCCUUUGUCGGCGGCAACAGCGGCGACAUUUCUAGCUGGACCGAUCAAUACAAAAAUGCUAUCCGUUUAUUCAUAGAGACUCAAUUAGAUCAAUUGGAACGUGGUGCUGGUUGGUUUUACUGGACUGCCAAGUCUGGCGGUGCUACCUGGGACAUGGGUAUCCUCAUUGACAACGGUAUUUUCCCCCAACCUUUGACAGAUAGAAAAUUCGCUUCUUACUGCUCUUAAACUCGUCUCAAGUCUCCAUUAUCAUAUUUUGAAUUCAUAUCUCUCGUUCCGUUAGGGCUUUGGUGAUCCCUUUAUGUUAAUUUAUAUGGUCGUUUUCCGUUUGUUAUUAUAAAUACUAAUAAAAAUUUAUCUGUGUCAUCAUAACUCAUAUCUCUUUUAUGUCUAACAUUUCUCUCCUUUAUAAUGAGUUUUGCAAUAAGUAUAAACAAAUAAUAAAAUGUUUUUUUGGAAUGGUUA